AUGGAAAAUGUCACGAACUUCACCAACUUCGAGGAGUUCGUGGCAGCAGUUCCGCAGGUGGCCGGCCAGUCUGAAAGAGCAUUGACGUUUGUCGGCAUCAUGUUCGCAAUAGCCCUGUUGACUCAAGCCAUUGGCACCGCGGUGCUCUUUUGCGCCGGAAUGCUCAAAGCACCAAACCCCGAAAGUGACUCGACGCGGCUGAUGGCGGACACUGUGGGCGCUGCCACGAUCGACGUCCACGCGCCGGACAGUGACCCGUCGACCGCGACGGACGUGGCGCCGGAGGCGGCAGAGGCGGCGCAGGCCGUGCAGCCGACGUCGACCCCAGAGGCGCUGCCCUGGGUGAAGCACCGACCGCGCUACGUCGUGGCGGCCUUUUCGGCGACGUAUCUCCUCUGCGUGGCCGCGGCUGCAUCAAGCUUGGCCACCAACCAGCUGAGCCCAGAACAUGGGCUGAGCUGGGAGGUGUACACAGGGCUCUUCAGCUGUGGAUGUGUGUGGCUGCUCGCUCAGGCCGUCCUCGCAGCCAUACGGCUGCCGGCCGGGCGGCACUAUGGCAUGCUCUCUUUCACGGAGGCCAUGAUUUCUGGCGUUUGCCCCUUCGUGUCGGAUUCCUUCGACACCAUGAAGGACAUCCUCUUCGCCUUCCUUUGCUUUGCAGCGGAGGACGCGUUCGUCCAAGCGCUUGGGGCACUCACUUUAAUCUGGCUGGUGACGUUCCACAUCAUCUUGCUGCGAGAUAAAAGAUGCCAGCUGGAAUUUGCCUCCAACCACCUGGCGGUGUUGUCAUUGCCCACGUUUUCUGCUGACUCAACCGAUGCCAGCAAGAAAGCUAUCCAGGCCAAGGCUGAGAAGGUUUCAUGGACGAAGUGGGCCUUCAGCAAAGCCAGUGGCAUGUGCUCUGAGUUGCUGCCGCUCCUCUACAAGCAGUUUACUCCCACGAAAAGAAGCUUGGCAAUGGUCAGUGCUUUGGCCAUCCUCUACCUGGCUUUAGUCCCGGGAGGCAGCACCGUAGUGGCCGUUCUGAAUCUCGCCGUUCCCAUCGUUCAAGUGACUGGCACCUUUGUGCUGUUCAAACCAUUGCAGCGCCGCAUCGCUCCGAAGCUGGCCAGCAAACUGGACGCGGCGCUGGAGGCCGCCGACGGCGACCAAGUCGUCCGUCUGAAGGACGAGGCUGGCUUGGAGAAUGACGCCGGUCUUUUUCGCGAAAUCUGCGUGAAGAGCCAUUUGCUGAAAGAGAUCUCAGAUCUGAUCCAGUCAGACAGCACUCGUGAGGUCACAAGAUCCAGCACUGAUGCCUGGCAAAAUUCUUGGAGCUUCUGUGCGCAGUGGUUUGCGGCGCUGAGCAGUGGCGAGUGGGAUCUCUCCGGAAAGCUCGAGGGAAAGGACAACCUCUUCAAGGCCAUGGUGAAGAUGGUCUCCUUCAACCUGGAGCCAUUGCGCAAUCUGAAGCUGAACUCUAACCAGAUUCCGCCUUCAUGGGCGAAGGAACUCGCACGGAGAUGGUCCGGGAACCAGACCAUAGUCCGCUUGGAGAUGAGUGAGAAUGCCCUCGGUGCAGAUGGAGUGGAGGCUCUUGCGAGAUGUUUUCAACCAAGCACUCGCUUGGAAUGUUUGGUCUUGGAUAGCAACAGCUUUGGAGAUAAAGGAGCCGAGGCGCUGGGCACCAUGCUCACCCAGAACCGAUCUGUGCGCGAGCUCAGCGUCCGGCGAAAUCAGUUCGGCGACAACGGAGCCAAGGCCGUCGCCUUGGGCCUCAAAAGCCAUCGAAGCCUCAUGGCCUUGAUUUUAGAUGCGAAUGACAUUGCCGAUGUGGGUGGUGAGGCGUUGGCGGAUGCCUUGGACGGCGAGUUGCAGACCCUCCACAUCCAGCUCAACAAGCUCGGUGACCGAGGCUGCAAGGCACUGGAGGAGGCCGAGCAACGCUCCAAGACCUUGGUCGAUUUGAACAUAGACGACAAUGAUGGCGAGGCAUCUGAAGCAUGUGGAGAGCUCGCUCCAGGAGACCGCCACCCUCACAGGACACCGCGACACCGUAGGGCAGGCCAUCAGGACCGGCGCCGCCACGGCCGUAACAUGCAGCUACGACCGCACCCUGAGGGUCUGGGACCUGAUGACGAGCACGUGCACCGCCACGCUCACCGGACACGGCAGCAGGGUCUACGCCCUGUGCAUGGUCGACCGCUUCACCGUGGCCUCCGGCAGCCAAUCGGGCGAGGUGAAGAUCUUUGA